AUGAAUAAAGAUCAAAAGCAACUGCUUGAAAUGGAGCUGGACAAUCCUGUCGAUGAUGACCUCCAGAAAGCCCAAGCUGCGGCCGAUGAGCUGGAAGCUAGAGAGCGCAGUUAGUUUUGACUCUAUCUAUAUCAUUAUUUAGGGAAUAAAAGAGUCUGACUUGCUUGUGAGUUCUUUUCUUUAUCUGGUAAAAUUAGAAAAAAAUUUCUAAUGCUUUUUGAUGAUUUUUUCCGAAAGGGUAUUUAGUUGAAAAAAUAGAAGGACGAAGACUGAUUAUGAAAGUUACAGGCCUCGUUGCAAACAACAUCGAAACGCGGGAGCUCCCGAGCGACCCGGUAAUGCCCGUUCAUGGGCGCCAAGAAGCGGGCCCUCCCGCAGAGUUCUUUGUAAUUGCUGAACUCGAAGGCGAGAGCGGUGAGUUUUGUAUUGAAAUACAUCAUUCUUUUCAAAAUCAAACUUCUGACUUGUCUUUGCCCUUUUUUUACCUGGCAAGGUCAAAAGAUUUUUGAAACACUCUUUGAUGAUUUUUUCUCGCAAGAGAAUCUUGGUAAAAAAAGUAGUGAUAAGAUAUUGAAACUGUUUGUAAAAGAAUGAAAACUGAUUCCAAAAGUUACAGGCCUCGUUGCAAACUACAUCGAAACCCGCGGAUUCCCGAAUGACCCGGUGAUGCCCGUGAACGGGCGCCAAGAGGCCGGCCCUCUUGCACAGUUCGCCGAAAUUGCUGAGCUCGAAGGCGAGCGCAGUAAGUUUCGAGUUUUUAUACAGUCGUUCUCUACGAAAUCGAACAGUCUGACUUUUUCCGAUUUUUUUUCUACCAGGCGAGGUAACAAAAAAUCUUUCGGAGCAUCAGAUCCUUGCUGAACGACAGUCGAGGCAUUCUCAUAAAGUUUCAGAUCUUCUGAUUUAGUUGGAAAUAAUUGAAUAAAGAAGAAAAAAAAACAGUCAUCUCUUUUAUCCUUCCAAAAAACAAAAACAAAGAUUUUCGGGCUCUACAAAGUUUCGCCACUUAGCUUCAGGUUCCUGUAGUAUUUGAUCAAAAAUAGCAAGAUAAAAUCAAAUCCGCUGUAAAAAUGAUGAAGAUUGGGUUUACAAGUUUUAGACCGCGUUGGAAACGAACCCAGCCGCUACCUCGCCUUAUACCCGUUGAUCCCGACGGCGCCCGGGAUCGGGCAGCAGGAGGAGGCGAUUCCCGCGCAGUUCGCCAGAGCCGCCGAAUUUCCUGAACAUCAGCGCGUGAGUCUUCUCAUUCUUUUUUUUGUUUGGCUUGAAUCACUUAUCCAAAGCUUUUCACGACUCAUUUGACUUUUAUUUUGUUGAGACCGGCCAAUUAGAAAUAUUAGAAACCGUCACAUUCUCCCAAUGAUAUUUAUGGCGCGUUCAGGAGCAAAACGCGAAAUUUUUCGAAAUUCAAAAGAGCGUUCACGGCGAUACUUCGAAAUUAGCGAAUUUCGAUUUUUGAGAUAAUUUUGAGAAAUUUCAAAAAAUAGCGAGAAAAUUGGUUUCGCGCGAAAUGGGUUACGGUAUAUUGACAUUUUGUGUGCCAAACGCAGUUUUUUUUCUCUUUUUUUCUUUUUCAGAUAAUUUUUUUCUUUUAUUUUUCAAUUUUCAACCCGUUCAAAGUUAUUGAUUUUUAGAAAUAGUACGAAUGAAAGCCUUAAGUUAAUUUUUUUCGACUGUCUGAACUUAAAAAAAGUUCAAUUUUACUCAAAUUUCUUUUAUUUAUCGUUUUUUUAUUUUUUUCCAACGGAUGUAUCAGAGUGUUUGAAGUUGCAGGUCUCUAAACUAUGGCGGGUAUUGGAUUACCGAAAGUGCUAA